AUGUCGUCGAUUGCAUCUGGUGGUGGUACAUUUUCAAAUAUGAAUACUUCUCUCCUUCAACCAACAAAAUCUAUUCCACAAACAAAUCCUUCAUCUACAACAAAUGUCACAACAUCUUCAUCCAAUGAUAUAUCUCUUCCUAUUUAUGAUACAAACGAUCCACGAGCAAUACUCAAAGCAUUAAUUCGUUUUAUAAUGCGUACAUUUUAUGAAGUUCCAAAAUCUCUUGUUAUUGAAUAUAUUUAUCAUUAUGAACGAAUAAAACAACAAGAUUUAGCUGAUCUUUUAUGUUUAGAUACAAAAUUAGUUCGUUCAUUUAUUCAAGAAUUUAAACGUGAUAAAUUUAUUAUAGAAGAUCAUCGUCUUGAAUCUAAUGAUGGUACAACUGGUCGACGUACACAAGAUCAAUAUUAUUAUAAAAUUGAUACAACAACAUUUAUUAAUGUUGUUCGAUAUCGUUUAAUACAUAUGCAAAUGCAUGUCGAAAGUUUUGAACGACAACAAACAUAUAAACAAUCAAAUUAUAAAUGUGAACAAUGUGCAAAAGAAUAUACAGAAUUAGAUGUUGGAAAAUUAUAUGAUUUUACACAAGAUACAUUUAUAUGUUUAAUAUGUGGUGGUGUUGUACAUGAAGAUGUUGAAACAAAAGAUGCAACAACAACAACAGCAAAUCGACAAACAGUUAAUGUUAGUUUAUUUAAUGAACAAAUGAAACCAAUAUAUAAAAUCCUGAAACAAAUUGAUGAAAUUAUGAAAAAUGAACAACAAAUAAAAAAUUCUUCCGAUCAAGAUUUUUUUCAACAAAAUGGAAAUUCUUCUUUAACAUCAUCAAAUCAUAAUGCUAGUAAAGAAGGACCAUCAGCAAAUACUCAUCGUUCGCAUGCAUCCAAUGUAUUUGAUCGUACAACAGCAAUUAGUCAUGAAAUACAAAUUGUUAUUGAAAAAGAUGAAGAUGAUCAUUAUUCACAAAUGGAUAUUGAUGAAACAAGUAAUACAGAUUCAUUAAUAGGAUCAUCACGUGGUCCUGGUAAACCAGGUAAAAAAUCUAAUAAGCCCGUUCAAACAACAGCUGAAGUUGCAGCACAACCAUUAUCAUUAAAAAUGAAAUUAGCUAGUAAAAAAGUUCCAUAUGAACCUAAACCAUUACCACAAUGGUUUGUUCAUUCCACAGUUCAUACUGAUCAUGAUGAAGAACAUCGUUUAAAUAAUUUAUCAUUAAAUUCAACAACAAAUUCAUCGAGUAUCUCACGACAAUUAUCCAAUCAAAAAUUAGUGAAAUCAACAAGUAUAAAUGAUAUUAAACAAAUGUUACUUAUGCAUGAAUCACGAAGCAAAAAAAAAACAUUAACAUUAACAACAAUGGAAGAUUCUUUGAGUCCACCAACACCUAUACAAAUGUCUAAAACGACUGAUUCACAAUAA